GACCGUUUCUGGAGACUUCUUUUGAGCCCCUAUUUGGCAAGCAGAGGGGAAGAAAAUUAAAACAUUUUUCUUGUUUUAUGUCUCUCCCUCUCUUUUCUUUCUGCACACUUACGGAAACUGCUGCACAGAUUCCUCCUUGUGAUAAAAGAUGUAGUUUUUCUUCAACUAUUUUAAUCUUCCUUACAACAUUUGACACAUAGAACUACACAUAUAAGCGGGUUUGUGUUGUGAGGUUGUGGGUUAGUUUAAUUUGUCGACAAGAAAGAAGCUUUUUUUUUUUUUAAUAUUUUAGGAGGUUCUGGUUUGUGGGUAUUGGAAUUGAAGGUGCUUCUGUUAGUGGGUUUGGAUUGUUUGUUUGAUUGCUUAAUUGAUUGAUUGAGAAGAAUAAGAAGAAAGACAGGAAUGGCAAAUGGCGAAGACAAAAGCAAAAGCAAGGAUUUUUAUCAAGUAUUGGGAUUGAAUAAAGAAUGCACUGCAUCAGAGCUCAGAAAUGCUUAUAAGAAACUUGCGCUGAGAUGGCACCCAGAUCGGUGUUCAGCUUCGGGGAAUUCAAAGUUAGAAGAAGCUAAACAGAACUUUCAGGCAAUACAACAGGCCUAUUCUGUUCUUUCUGACGCCAACAAGAGGUUUCUGUACGAUGUAGGUGCUUAUGACAGUGAUGACGACGAAAAUGGUAUGGGUGAUUUUCUAAAUGAAAUGGCGGUCAUGAUGAACCAAACAAAGCCUAAUGGAAACGGGGAGGAGGAGAGCUUUGAGGAACUGCAAGAAUUAUUUGAAGAAAUGUUUCAAGAUGACAUCGAGUCAUUUGGAGCUAGCUGCCAAUUCACUGCUGCUACUACUACUUCGAGCACUUCUUCUUAUGCAUCUUACAGUGGAAGUUCCAGCUCGAGAGGCAAUGGAAAUUUCUCAGAGGUGAACUCUGGGGAGGCUAAGGUUAAUGAUUCUUCUGGCUUCGGUUCUCAUUUCCAGAAAUGUUUAGGGGUGGAACACCAGCAGAACUUCAAGAAGGGCAAGGGAGCAAGAGGAGAAACUCAAGGAGGCGUCCCCGGCAGUAAUAGGCGGAGACAAGGCAGGAAACAGAAUAUUCGUUCAUCUGGUCUUGAUGUCUCCUCCCUAGACCGUGGUAUUUCUGCUUCGUGAAUCUUGAUAUAUGCACCAACUCACAAAGGCGGGGUGGUGCAAGAUUCGACCUCCAGAAUUGUAGCCAACUUACCAUAUUAAAGACAGCCUCAAAGGAGGUGAAAAUGCAUUGCUCGGCCAGUAGAUAUGACUGCCAUGAUUUUGAGGGUGGAGAAGCAAAGUAAGAACCCCUCCUCCAGAAUUUAAGUACAAAACCCAACCUCCAAGUUUCCUGUAAAAUUAAAAUGAAAAGGGCCUAGUGUGUCUUGUUUCUUGCUCGUUUGCUUUCUUCUUCGAUGUUCUUUUAUCUUUGAUUGUUAAAGAGUAAUGAGAUUUUCUGUUCUGUUUCCUA